GUUAAACUCCAAUGAUGCGAUUCGCCAUGGAGCUCCUCUCGCUCCCCUUCUUACUCCUUCUGGCUCUUUCUUUUUUCUCCCGUCCGACGGUUACCAUUGCGAGAGGAGGCGGUCAUAUGGACUGUACUCAUGGAGUAUUUGCCCGGCAUCUGUUUGAAGAGAGCCAGCCUCGGAUAUCGGAAGCCAUGACUCAUGAGUAUAUGAGUAACUCUGAACUUGAGAAGGCCAUGAAGGAAUUUACUCAAAGAUGUGCUAAUAUUUCCAGGAUAUACAGCAUUGGAAAGAGUGUGAAAGGGAUACCAUUGUGGGUAGUGGAAAUUUCUGACAAGCCUGGGCAGGAAGAAGCUGAACCUGCAUUUAAGUUCAUUGGAAACGUGCACGGUGAUGAACCUGUUGGGAGAGAGCUACUUAUAUCUCUUGCAAAUUGGCUGUGUGACAACUAUAGGAAGGAUCCAUUGGCAACAUUGAUUGUAAACAAUGUUCACCUACAUGUUCUUCCUACUAUGAAUCCUGAUGGAUUUGCUCUUAGGAGACGUGGGAAUGCAAAUAAUGUGGACCUAAAUCGGGAUUUUCCUGAUCAAUUUUAUCCUAUGAAUGACAUUGUAAGCCUGCGACAACCUGAAACGAGAGCAAUUAUGAACUGGAUAAAAGAGCGACACUUCACGGCCUCUGCAAGUUUACAUGGGGGUGCACUUGUUGCAAAUUAUCCUUGGGAUGGCUCUCAAGAUACAAGAAAACAGUAUGUUGCAUGCCCUGAUGACAAGACAUUUCGCUCCAUGGCACGUUUGUAUAGUCGUUCACAUUACAACAUGUCUUUGAGCAAAGAAUUUGAGGGGGGGAUUACUAAUGGGGCUCUUUGGUAUCCUAUCUAUGGCGGUAUGCAAGAUUGGAACUACAUACAUGGGGGCUGUUUCGAAUUAACCUUGGAAAUUAGUGAUGACAAAUGGCCUAAAGCAAAUGAGCUUCCUGUCAUCUGGGAGUACAACAGAAUGAGCAUGUUAAAUCUUGUUGCUAGUCUUGUGAAGACAGGAGUUCAUGGAAGGAUAUUCUCAUCAGACAAAGGGCGUCCUUUACCAGCCUCUGUAGUGAUCCAGGGAAUUGAUAUUAGAGUGAAUGCUAGCAGGACAUACGGUGAUUACCAUCGCAUGCUUGCCCCUGGGGAGAGGUAUGAAGUUACGGCAUCUAUGCCUGGCUUCCAAUCUAAAACUACACAUAUAUUGCUGGAAGAUGAGGCUAUGAACUUGGAUUUCAUUCUGAGUCCAGAAGAUUCAAGCAAACAUGAGGAAGUCAGGAACGAAUGUGAUUGCACCUGUGAUGGCAAGGACAAGCUUGAGGUGGUUGAGUUUCUAAGGGGGAUUAAUUUGGGGAUAUACCUUCUGCUUUCUGUGAUGUUCCUCAUUUUCUGCUGUCUGUUGAGGAGGAAAACAAUGUUUAAGUUUCUAAACCGUAGACAGUUUAAUGGGUAUAAAAGGUCAAUUGUUGUGUAAGGCUUUGACAGAAACACGCGCAUGUUGUAAAUUAUUUUUUUGGCUAGUUCAAGGCUAUUUUGUUGCCCUAUGGCAUGCAAUUUCCGUUGGGAAUAGGCUUGAUGGGAUUGUUGUGUAAGACUUUGAUAAUAACAUUCAAAUGCUGUAAAUUAUCUUUUUGCUAGUA